CUCCUCGACGGCCGAGGUGGGGGGCUGCCGCGGCCGCCGCUGCUCUGCUGCGCCUGCCUUCCUGCCUCGCCCCCCGCCCGAACCGGCCGGCCGGGCCCGCUCCUGCUCCUCCCCGGCGAUGAGCGCUCGGGCUGCUGGCGCGGCUGGUGCAGUGACCAGAGCGGCGCGCGCGGAGGCGGCGACGGCUCGUCAGGCGGAGGAGCGCACGAACGCAGCGGCUGCAGCAGCCCGGACGCAUGGAGGGGCCGGGAGGGGCCGCCACCCCGGAGCUGAUUAAAGGGGCCCAAACGCCAGAGCGGCUGGCCCCCAUUAUUGUACCCAUACAUGGACUGGUGGAAGAGCCCCACAGCCCCCCUGCUGAGGAAGAAGGAGGGAUCCCAAUCCCCACUUCCGGGUUGCUGCAGGUUGCGGAGCGCAGGCAACCUUUGAGCAGUGUCUCCUCCCUCGAGGUGCACUUUGACCUUCUGGACCUAACUGAGCUUACAGACAUGUCUGACCAGGAGCUGGCGGAGGUCUUUGCUGACUCCGACGAUGAGAAUACAGGCAAUGAAUCCCCUGCUGGUCUGCACCCCCACCUCCACCCUAACCCCCGGGCCGGCUACCUGCGCUCCCCAUCCUGGACGAGGUCAAAAGGUGAUCAGGGCCGGGAGAAGAAGCACCUCAGCGACUCGGAGCUCCAGGCCAGCAAAGCAGACACUUUCCUUACUGUGGAGAAGCCGAAAGAAGAAUAACGAGAGCCAGAAGCCAGACCAAGGUGCCAACACUCACUCUUGCACUAACCACAAAUUCCAAGCAAUUUGUGACCUUAAGAGACAUUCAUUCUGCCUCCUCCUCUGCCUCCCUCCCUCCCUCCCUCCCAGGUCAAGACAUUUGCCAGUCUUGCUGGUUGUGUAAAAAUCAUUUCGCUUAGCCCCCGGGCAUGAGUUACAUUUGCCCAUCAGGACCUUCUCUGCAUUGCCAUCAACACCAGGAAGCAGAUGCCACAUCUAGGGGAGACGGUUGCGGCCCUGUUUCCUUUAGGCACUUUUGAACCUUCUGCUGCUACCUUCUCAACAAAGCCGGUGGCGAUGGACACACCAACAAGAGGCUACCUUGCUGGGGACGAGUAGAAACGGGAGAGGGAGAGCGGCUUGAAGCACACAGCAAUAGAGAAAAAGCUCCCCUUCUUCAGCCACGUGCCUUGAGCAAUGCUGGGGUGAUGGGAGGCAGCGUCUCAGCCAGGGAAAGGAACCUUGUUAUACCAAAGGAACCUGGGGGAAACUCAGAACCAUUUCUACAACACUUCCAGGAUAUGUGGUGAAGCCAAAAGUCCAGCUGCCAGGACGACCUGCUGGGAAAGGGUGGAACCAGCCCUCACUUCCGAAAGCACAUUUUCUUCCCAGUGGCCUUAACUCCCAGCUGCUGCUUUGGGGGUUUGGUCUUCUUAGCACACAGCAUCCACAGGCUUGGCCUGGCUCAGCCUCAGGGCAGCUGCACGCUUCUCCUCCUGCAACUCUGUGCAUUCUCAUGAGGAGGAAGAGCUCCCUCCACGGCCGUCGAUGUUGACAAACAACUGCUUGGAAGCCAGGAAGGAGCAGGACUGAAUUGAGCAGCUAAGCCCAUCCUAUGGUACGCCCCCUUGUGAACUGGGGAGGCCUCUUUGUGCCAGUGGAAAGAGGCACGCUGCUGAGACUGCUUCUUGCCCUGUUGUGCAUUAAACCAGAAGCUCUCAGCCAAGUGCUGGACCCAGCUUGUGUUUUCCCUAGUGGUGGCACUCUGGUGCCUGAAUGCCCUUGUAGCAGGGACAAGGGAGUUAGUUCAGUCUCUGGGGUCCCCUUCAGCACAGGCUCCUCCCAAGGCUUACACACCCUCUUGUACCCUCUUGAGGUUUUUGGGCCUCAGAAAGUUUGGGAGCCCAGUUUACCUUACCUUCUUCACCAGGGCUGGUCAGCCACUUGGUGUUGCCACUUGGCAGACUGGGCACCUCUGUUGGCACCCAGUUAGCUAGACCCAGAGGGUUGCAUCCCCUCUCUCCCCCCCUCUCCUUCUCAGGAUGGGAAAGCCAGGAUGGGGCAGGAACAGCAGCUUCUCUCUCCCAGCCCUACACCAUUCAAAUCAUGUUGCUCCAUUCACUUUGCAAAUGUGCCGCAGUCCUUACUGGGUUUGCUAUCGAAACAUGCCUGUCAGUGACAUUGAACUGGAGGCUGUGAGGUGGCGACUUGCAGCUGAGGUGGGACCACAGGCCGGAGCUCAGCACAGCCCUCUAAUCUAUCAACCACACUGACUCUCCGGACCUCCAACAGAGAUGGGGGCACUGCACAAGCCCCAAAACCUACAGAGUAACUGCACAGCCCUGUUCUGGGUGACUGCAUCUUUCUGGAGGAGGCAGUGGGGGGGGGGUUAGAGGCUCCACAGCCUGAGACACCACAGUAGCCAUGGGCGAGGGGAAUGCUGCAUUUCUUUACAGCCACUAAGAGAGGUGGUCUGGGCCUUAGUUUAAAGCCGGUUUCCUUGCCAAACAGAUCAGAGGGCGACAAAAUCUUCUCAUGCAUUCCUGGGAUGAGUCUGUAGCAAGCAGCAGCCUCCAUCCUCUGCAGCAAAAUGCUGGCAUCUUAAGGCAAGAGGGAUUUGUGUCAAGACAAAUGGAGCUGCAGAUGCCCUCCUUCCUCCUCUUUGGGAAUUCAAAAAUGCACAGCCCUCAGCCCUCUCCACUUUGCCUGCCACGCCAGAGGAGAUAAACUUUCAAGCCCCAUUGUGGAGCGCAGAGCGUAGAUGACGAGGACUCUGAGGCCUGUCCAGAGUUUCACGGCUUAACAGAUAAGCAUCUGCUGAUUGCAGCACAAGCCGAUCUCGCAGCCAGCUGAAGUGGAAAUGCUGGUGUAUCAUGAUGCCCAGAUGACAUAUGAGCCGCCAGGGAAUAUGUGUGUGCAUGUGCCGAGAGGGGGCUCAGGGAGAACAACAGCUGCCUGCUUCCCAAGUUGAUCCUUUGCUUCCACAGCCAAAUUCAGCUGUUUGCAAGGAUGCUCUCAAGUGCAUCCACACCCUUCCAGUUCAUGAAACCCAGUUUGUUGUUUAUAACACAGGAACCUGAAGCCAACCCUGGAACCCUGAGUCUCUGUGCCAAUUUAAGCUGGAUCUAACUGGGGCUUGUGGAAGAAGAGGGACCUCACCGAAAAGCAGCCUCUUCUGGAGGACGUGAGGCUGGUUUCAUCCUUGCUAUGAUCUGAGGAACAGUCAGCUUUGUUGGCCAAAGUGGAGGCAGGAUGCUGCAGCAGGGAUACCACCAGAUCAGCACAAUUACAGAGGCUCAGAGGCAAGGAGAGCAGGGGAGCCAAGGCCACACAGCUCUGCUGGGCCAGGACAGACUUCCCUGGCGCGCUACAUUUUUCUCACUUGGCACAGCGACAGCAUCAAGGCCACUUGAAGGCAAAGGCCACAAAGCUCUUCCAGGUGGCGAGUUCAUGUUUCCAUCAAGUCCAGCCCCUUCAUGCUUGGAGACUCACCUCUGAGUUGCUCACUCUUGGCAAAGCACAAUUCCUGUGGCCUUGCAUUGUGCGCAGGUGGGAGAAGUCAGCCUCAAUAAGCCUGACAGAUCACCCCUGGAGCUGGAGGCUGUCCUUCACAGCAAUCAGGGUUUCUUAAAGCCACAGAACCAAAUUUUCUAGGAGCAGCAGCUAGAAUGACCCAUACCAUUCUCUCGCGCCCUCCUUCCUCAUGCCAACAGGUCCAGCCAGUUGCUUGGCUGGGGGCUCCUUUGCUGCCUCUGCAAUGCUCAGCACACGCAACAGUAUUCACCUGGGCACAGAGGACCAACCAGAGCUUUUCUGCAGGCACCCAAUGAACAGGGGUCAGGAAGGCAGGAGGUGGCACUUCCAGAUACUUCUUGCCCAGAUCUUGGCCUCUCAUUGGGCAAGGUGUAAGAGCUGGCAAAACAAAGUCUCGGUUGCUCUGGCUGAGGCAGAACUACAGCUUUUACAGGAGCCAAUCAGAAGUGUGCUGGAUAUCACCUAACGAUGACCCAACGUGUCCUUUGCUGUUCUUGGGGCUGGGCUGUAGCUUUGACUCUGUCACACAAUCCACUUGCUGGUGCCAUGAGCAGGAAAACUGCCCAAUCGACCGUGCAGACCCAGGUCUGACCUUGAUGAUGCUCUGCACACCACUGUCUUGUCAUUCACCCAACAGACGUGUAUAAUCCAGGUUUCUGCACUUGGGGUUUGAAGUUUGAAUGUGCCCAGUUAUGAUUUAUUGCUGUCCCCCAACUCCUGGAGUCAGACAGCAGUGGCCUCUAAAGCUGUGGAAGAGACCCAGCAAGAGAUCACAGGGUGUGCCCUGGCAAUGUAGUCUGAACCAUUAAAGCAAAAUCAUGGCUU